GACCGCUAGGUAUUAUUGGAUUUCCCCAGGUAGGUAAGGUGAGGUAGACAGGUAGAUUGGUUAGUAUUGACGAGCUCUCAACAAGAGUAGAAACACACACCCAGACUUCAUGACGGUGGCCAUGCAUUUGUCCUUAUAAUAAUCGCUGGCCGGACCCAAGAUACUUCACCUCACCUGUAACGACUGUUAUAUUUACCUUUUCGCCAUCUUCACACACCUGGACCAUGGAUUGCCUGGUACAGCAGCCCGUCUGGACAGGGGCCUACCAUCAUAGACAUCUGCCCCUGUCUCAUCAUCAUCAUCACCAUUUCUUUUCGCCCUACUACUUCCCUAAGAAGAGGACGUCCAUCUCCCAUUACUACCCAGCAUCCUCAUACAACUUUCCAUCCAAACUUGACAACGACGUGGGUUUCCCCGCUGAUAUUAAAGUAGAAGCUAGUGACGAGUGUUUACUGGACGACGACAAAGAUGAGAAAAUCUGCGUAGUUUGUGGAGAAAAGGCCUCCGGCUACUAUUUCGGUGCCCUGGUCUGUCUACCAUGCAAAAGCUUUUACAUCCGCUGCACCAAGGAGGGUGAGCCGACCUUCACCUGCCAGUGCAACGGAAACUGUGACAUCGCCAAACAGGGCCGCAUUCGGUGCCAAUACUGUCGCUACCAGCGAUGCCUUAUGGCAGGAAUGUGCCGUAAAGAAAAGCCUGAGACAGUCCAGCCAGCAGAGGGCCAGGUGUUGUGUAAGGUGUGUGGAGACAUUGCCAACGGCAUCCACUUUGGAGUCAACACCUGUGAAGGAUGCAAGAAAUUCUUCCGACGUGGUUUGGUUGAGAACCAGAGCUACGUCUGCAAGGGAGAUAAGAAAUGUACCAUCAAUCCGCGGAAUCGGAACAACUGUCGCUUUUGUCGCUACCAGAAAUGUAUCACUGUCGGAAUGUCCAGAGAAGCCAUCAAGAUGGGUCGUCCCAAGAAGUCAGAUAACAGUGAUGGCCUUCUGUCAUGCUCACCUGGUGCUGACCUCUCUGACCUGUCUGAGGAGAGCAACAGUCCUCACUCCUCCCUGAGUGAGAUGUCUCCUCAUUCCUCCUACGACAGUGGAGCAGGCUCACCCAUGUCCCAGCACGAAUCAGACUCUAAGUCUGUCGACGAACCAUCUUACAUUGGCUUCCUGUUGGCAAGCAAGAAGAUCAAGACAGAAUCCCAUGACUCAGCCUGUGAGCAGACAGACACCAAGAGGAUGUCCAUGCCCACAGAUCUGCUAUAUACCCAACUGACCCCCAUGUCUGACCACUGCUCUAUGGGCAGUAACACCUCCCACUGUAGCCAGGCAGCCCCCUGCUGGACCACCCCUGCCUCCUCCUCCACCUCCAUCAACAACUGGCAUGCCCCAAUCACUUCCUCCACCUCAGCCCGGACCCCCUGUGCAGCACCCAUUCCUUCCAGUAACAUGGGCCAGAACCAGCCAACAGCCCAGCCCUCUGCUCUCUCCUUCAUGGAGGAAGAAAUGGAUGAAAUUCUGGACUACCUCCAGACAGAACAGACGAUCCAGGCUCAGGACAAAGUUCCCUGCACCACCCCCCGACAGCCCCAGCAAAACUUCAACUACUACCCUAACAACUUCCCCACCCGCUCCCCUUGUAUGAUGGACAGGAGUGGAUGUCCAGUGCCACCACAGCACAUGCCUGUGGAGACCACCACUGACCACACCUCCCCUACAUACCCCGACCCCUCCUCCACCAGUGUACAGUACCCAAACUCACCCAACUUUUCAGAUUCUCCCAUCAAUCCUACCCAAUAUCAGAUGAACUCCCCCUCCCACAGUCCCAUCUAUCCCCACUCCCCAGGCAGUACAAGUCAGUACUGCCCCUCCCCCAGUAACCCCUGUCCUGGGUCUCCAGGCAGUACUUCUCAGUACAUGAGCUCCCCAGCCAACUCCCCUCACUACAGUGGGCCACAAUUCCAUAGCUCCCCGGUCCACUCAGCCCAGUACCCUUCCAGUCCCAGCUCUAACUGUAUGUAUCCUGACUCCCCCCACAGUAGUUGUCAGUACUCCCCUCCACCACAGGAGCCCAUCCACACCGACUGCCAACAGUACCCAGCGGUCAUCAAGGCAGAGUUCCCCGGUAGCAUGCCCCGGCUCCACCCCAGCCCUACCUACACCAGUACCACAGAUGGUUUUAGCAGAUCACGCUGAGGCAUGUUUCGUGAUGAGAAAUGAGAAAUAUAUGAUGUAGCAACUCUGGCGACAUCUUGUCACCAAGGGAGACAACUAUGAUGGAUCUCCAAGUGCCCACACCUUACCCAGGCCUACACAGUGCCAGCUGUACACCUAUUUAUGUCAUCGACAAGUUCCUGGCUGUCUUUUGACAGUCUUGUUGGAAUUGCAACUACUAGUUCAUUUAGUUUUAUUCAUUGAUCAUAUUCAUGUUAUCAUACGUACCUACCACUGUUACAGGGGGUGAAUACUAGCUAAACUUACGAGAUGCUUGUGUGACAAGCAUCAAGACUUUUUUUUAUUGAUGACUAGUUUGGAGUGUGAGUAAUGUUUAUAGGACUCUUGAUUUUUUAAUUAUAUUUGACUAAAGGGUCUGCAUUUCUUCCAUGCUUUUUAUGUUAUACAUGUAUUUGCCAUUUCUGAGCUUCUCAUGACCCGGAUCAUAUUAGUUGAUCCAAGUUAUUCCACUUUUUUAUAUACAUUUUAUACAUUGUAAUUAUUGUACGACAGAGAUAUGCAGUCCUUUUUAUAAAGUAUCAGUCGAGUGUGAGACUUGAUUCUUUCAAUGACUUUGUUCUGAGUCGAGUUUGAGAUUCAGGUAUUGAUAAUGUAAUAUCUUAUAUGUGCAUAAUAUGACAAAGCCAGCAAUAAGGAUUGCUGGAAGGCAAACUAUGACGAGUACCAUUGAACAGAUUUCUUACGUUUACAAGGAACACUGUGAAAGUUGUUGUUGAUGGCUCGACUGUGAUACACAGUUGUUAAGUUUUCUGUUGGUGCAGUUUUUAUUUGUUAUAUAUAGAGUUUAUAUUCUCGUUGUUUGUAUGAGGCAGCAGUGGGGAAUGGACUCUAGUUCCACUACUACACUAAAUUGUUAAAAUUGUUAAAUGCUUUUAUUUUGUUAGAUUUAUUCAUAACUUGUUAAUUUUGUUACCUUUUUUUAAAAAAAAGUUUUUUUAUUUCACAAAUUUGUUCCCUUGUUAUGAAAAUUAACCAAAAUCUAUAAAUUUUAAAGCUUGAAAAAAAGGUUUUGUUAUUUGGACCAAAAAGAUACGGAAAAGUUUCUUUGAAAUGUUGUAGAGGGACUAGGAGCUGUUACCUAGUGUUGCCAUGACAAUGAUAUACUACAAUGAUAUACUAACCCUGACCACAGACUUGUGUCUGUAUUCCGUCCAUUCAUGAAACUGCUUUGCCACAGUUUCCCUAACAGUGCUUGAGUUACCUCAACCCCUCGACUAAAGCUUAUCUUAGAGCUUACCUUGCUGAGCCAGUAAAACUUGACAUCAUCGAGAUCUCAAAUUUGAUUGGCUGAGCUUUUGAGACCUGACUCAACUAGUUGUUGGCAGAAUUGUGGCAAAUAGUCAAAACUAACAAUGAGUAUUAAUUUGUCAUGUUUACAUCAACAAGACUUGUGUAUGUACCACAGUACAGGAUUGAAAUCACACCAUCUUCAGUCUAUUGACAAGCUUCACUUAUGAUCCGAGAAGACAGUUUGGACAAGUCUAUACAUUUUGUUUGUUUUAUUUGACAAGGCCUAUUUCUUGGUUGUUCUUGCUAUGUGUCUGAUUUUACAUCUGUUUGAUUGGUGAAGUACUAUUUGUAUCGACUACAACUUUCUGUUAAGAUUCAUUUUGCAUGCCUUUUGUUAAACUGCAAAGGGAUUUUAACAUAGGAGUUUUAGUAUCACUGAUACCAACAUAGAACUAAUAUUGCUAUUAGAGAAGGGGCCGCAGUGGCCAAGUGGUUUAGGCGUCUGACAUUCUGCUACCACUAGCCCUCCAACACUGGGUCGCG